GUCAGAACGUUGCGAGAUCCUUAUAACGUGUAACGACUAUGUAUAUACAUUACGAAUGCGUGACAGCGACGCAUCACCAUUGCGUCCAGCUGCUGGAAUGGCCCAAGGACGACGGCCAUCAGCCUGGGACCUUGACAUGGACACUGGCAGUAAAACCCAGUCGAUUUCGUUGUCUCCCCGUUCGAGACACAGUUCAUCUGAAACGGACAUACAUCUGUUGCAGCCGCACAUACACACAACAUAUGAUUUAGACCAACUCAUCGCUAAUGCAGGCUUAGAAGACAUUUUGGUAAAGAAUUUUGUGCUAAUGCGAGGACUGAAACAUGACCUCAACAAGAAACUCUUUGAGAUGGAAUCGUCAGUUGACAAACGUAAGUCAGCGAUCAGUGUUUGUGCGCCGUACUUGUCACUCCCGAGGUACACUCUUGAAGCGUUACCAACAUUCAGUCACCUGACCCAGCGUUAUGACCAUGUUAAGCAAUACUUUCCGGGUCCCAGUGUCAACGUGACUCCUUCGGCGAGUCAAUCGACUACACCACGGAAUAAAACUAUUAAUUUAUUUAAUACUUUCAAAUAAUAGGGAUUAAUAUUAAUUGAAGGAACAAAGAUGACAUAAGUUGAGUGUUUAGCCUUACGCACGUUUUCUUUUAAAACCACAUUUCUUGCUUUACAUUUCACAUUCAUUUCAUGGUACCAUUUUUAUAAUUGUCAGAGAAUGUUAUGAUUAUCAGGAAAUGUUUUGAUGAGUCGAUUGACCGUUGAUUUUUACUGUUGCUUUGGUUAAUCAUGAAGAUUUCUACUAUUACUUUUGAUAAUCAUAAUUUGAUUUGAUUUGUUUUAUUAUUAUUUAAUUCAUAGUUUUGAAUGAAUACUUAAUGAAUGAAGGUUCCAAUAUUGUUAAGACCAAUUAGGGCAGAACAA